UCCCCAGGCCGGCCCCAGGUUGCCCAGGUAUCCUGGAGCUCCCCCGGUGCCGGCUUAUUCCCCUGCUGCCCAGGUAAGGCAGGGCCGCUCCCGCUAGCCCUCCAGCGCCCAGCACCAGGAGCAGCCUACUCCCGCUGGGCCCAUGGCCGUGCCGGGGCCCCGAACCCUCCGAGCCGCGCUCUGCAGCGGCUGCUGCUGCCUUCUGCUCUGUGCUCAGCUCGCAGCCGCGGGUAAAGGAGGACGAGGCUUGGGCAGAGGGGGCCUACUCCGCCUUAACAUCUGGGGCCCCGCUGUUGUUGCGGAAUGCAAACAGUUGGAAUCCUGCAGGCGCUGCGUGGAGGGGGAACCUGCUCGAAACCUCUCAGGCUGUGUGUGGGAACAUUGUGGGGGUGAGGAGCCAGGACAUGGGCACUGUGUAGGUCGGGAAGAGGAGACCAAGGAAGGCUGCUCUGUCUAUAACCAUACAGCUCUGUGCCCAGCUUGUGUCUCUCCAGCUGCUCCACAGUCACCUACCCAGGAACCAAAGGCAUUCACAGCAGGCAGCCCAACCACCGUCCCGCCUCUGGACUCGCACACACCGGGCUUUGAUGGGGCUAGCUUUGUUGGGGGCAUAGUGCUGGUGCUCGGUCUACAGGCUGUAACCUUCUUCCUCAUCCGUUUCAUCUGGGCCAAGGACAGCACCUAUCAGACGCUAGAAGAGAACCAGUAGGUCCUGGCCCAUGGGAUGGCCUGCCUGGUCCCUCCUAGGGGACCCGUCCCACCCCCUGGUUACUAGAGAGGGGGCAAUGUUUGCAGUUUGCUUUGUUUUAGGUGUUGAAGGGAAGUGUGGUCCCACUUCCUUGUCCUGAACCCCUGUCCUGGGGAGGGAGGGGGACAAUCCUUCCCAGCCACCCCCUCCAAAAACUGGGGAAAGGUUGGAGAUGGGAGAGGCCAGGCCCUUCUCCUGUAGCCCCCAACUGUGUACUCCCCAUGCCUGCCCCUAGGCUUCAGUGGGGAGGGGUGGAUCUCAGUGUGUGGUGCUGUGUGCUGUGGUAUGAAGCCAGGCCCGAGGGGCUGCCUGGCAUUGGAGGCAUGGGGCAAGGCCUGCUUUUGAAGUCCUAUACCCAGAGCCUGUAUUAUAACCUGCCAGCUUGCUGUCUUGGGUCGCCACCUCUUUGUCAAGGGGGUUAGGAACUGCUGGGGCUCCAGGGUGGCCAUUGGCCUUCUCAGGCUGAACUUUUAUAAGAAUCUUCACCCCACACCUCCCACCUCCCAGCAGGCUCAGGGUAAGGGUGAGGGUGGUCUACUGAGCCAAGAGAAACUGUCCCUCUCCUCCACCCCCCAAUUGAAUAUUUUCUUCAUCCCAUG